AUGGCUUUUCCUGCUAUGGUCUUGAAGCUGAUUCUUGUAUCUGCUUUCCUUGUCAUUGUGGUCUGUGGUCAAACAAUCAGAUUGACGGAGGAGACUGAUAAACAAGCGUUGCUCGAAUUCAAGUCUCAAGUUUCUGAAACAAGUAGAGUUGUGUUAGACUCGUGGAAUGACUCCCUGCCUCUCUGUAGCUGGACUGGAGUUAAGUGCGGCCCCAAACACAGAAGAGUAACCGGUGUGGACCUUGGAGGAUUGAAACUAACUGGUGUAGUCUCUCCCUUUGUUGGUAACCUCUCGUUUCUUAGAUCAUUGAAUCUCGCAGACAACUUUUUCCAUGGUGCAAUCCCUUUAGAGAUUGGAAACUUGUUCAGGCUUCAAUAUUUGAACAUGAGCAAUAACUUUCUUGGAGGGCCUAUCCCGGUUGUUCUUUCUAACUGUUCUAGCCUUUCAUCCCUUGAUUUAUCGUCGAACCAUCUUGACCAAGGCGUGCCUUUUGAAUUCGGUUCGUUGUCUAAGCUUGCCCUUCUAUCUCUUGGUAGAAACAAUCUAACAGGGAAAUUCCCUGCGUCAUUGGGAAACCUGACAUCACUCCAGAUACUUGAUUUUAUAUAUAACCAAAUAGAAGGAGAGAUCCCUGAGAGUAUAGCCAGACUCAAACAGAUGGUCUUUUUCCGAGUAGCAUUAAACAAGUUUACCGGUGUUUUCCCUCCUCCAAUUUACAACCUGUCCUCACUAAUAUUCCUGUCCAUAACCGACAACAGUUUCUCUGGCACCCUUAGACCUGACUUUGGUUCUCUUCUCCCUAACCUUGAAAUACUAUAUAUGGGGAUAAAUAAUUUCACAGGUACCAUUCCAGAGACACUAUCCAAUAUCUCAACUCUACAGCAUCUUGAUAUUCCAUCUAACCAUCUUACCGGAAAGAUACCAUUGAGCCUCGGUAAACUACAUAAUUUAUUAAGGCUAGGCCUUAACAAUAACUCUCUGGGAAGCUACUCUUCCGGUGAUCUUUAUUUUCUCGGUGCACUGACUAACUGCACUCAGUUGCAGUACUUGAAUUUUGGUUUAAACAAACUCGGCGGCCAGUUGCCUAUGUCCAUAGCCAAUCUCUCCGCCCAGUUAACUGAGCUCUCUCUUAGCAUAAAUUUCAUCUCUGGAAGUAUUCCUCCUGGCAUAGGGAAUCUCGUAAGCCUGCAAUCGUUAGAAAUGGGCGAAAAUCUGUUGACAGGCAAACUUCCUCCCUCGCUGGGAGAACUUUCUGAAUUGAGAAAAGUCUCUCUCUAUUCAAAUGGACUGUCUGGAGAGAUACCAUCGUCCUUGGGCAACAUCACUUGGCUAACCUACCUCUAUUUGCUCAACAACAGUUUUGAAGGAAGCAUCCCUUCGAGUCUUGGAAGGUGCAGUUACCUUCUAGACCUGAACCUCGGUACUAAUAAGUUGAAUGGCAGCAUACCCCAUGAGCUUAUGGAUCUUCCAUCUCUUCUCAUCUUAAAUGUCUCAUUUAAUUCGCUCGUUGGCCCUUUGAGAGAAGAUGUUGGAAAGCUUAAAUUUAUGUUUGCUCUAGACGUCUCAUACAAUAAACUAUCAGGGCUGAUUCCACUGACCUUGGCAAAUUGUCUCCCAUUAGAAUUCCUUGGGCUGCAAGCGAAUUCUUUUGUAGGGCCCAUUCCAGAUAUAAGAGGGUUGACUGGCCUCAGGUUCCUAGAUCUGUCGAAGAACAAACUCUCUGGCACAAUACCUGAAUAUAUGGUGAACUUUUCCAAGCUGGAGAACCUGAAUCUCUCUAUGAACAGCUUCGAAGGAGCUGUACCAACAGAAGGGAUCUUUCGUAAUACCAGUGCAAUGUCAGUCAUUGGUAACAUAAACCUCUGUGGAGGCAUCCCAUCAUUACAGCUUGAGCCAUGCUCUGUAGAAUUACCAGGAAGGCAUUCAUCAGUCCGAAAGAUAAUCAUCAUUUGCGUCAGUGCAGGUAUGGCUGCACUUUUGCUGUUCUGCCUGCCUGUAGUUUAUCUAUGCCGCCGGCACAAACAGAGAUUGAAGAGUGUCAGGGCUAACAAUAAUGAGAAUGAUCGGUCUGUCUCCCUCUGGAAGUCGUUUUAUGAAAAGAUAAGUUAUGAUGAGCUCUACAAGACAACCGGUGGCUUCUCUUCAAGCAAUAUGAUUGGGUCAGGUAAUUUUGGGGAUGUGUUUAAAGGAUUUAUUGGGUCCGAGAACAAGGCUGUUGCCAUUAAAGUUUUGAAUCUCUGCAAACGUGGAGCUGCAAAGAGCUUCAUGGCAGAGUGUGAAUCAUUAGGAGGUAUAAGGCAUCGCAACCUUGUGAAGUUGAUUACUGUCUGUUCGAGUGCUGAUUUUGAAGGGAAUGAUUUUAGAGCUCUAGUUUAUGAGUUCAUGCCAAAUGGAAGCUUAGACUCAUGGCUUCACCCAGAGGAAGUCGAAGAAACUGCAAAUCCCUCCGGAACCCUUACCCUUGUUGAAAGACUCAACAUUGCCAUAGAUGUUGCUUCAGCUCUGGUUUAUCUUCAUACUUAUUGUCCCAACCCUAUCGCCCACUGUGAUCUUAAGCCAAGCAAUAUUCUUCUAGACGGAGAUUUGACUGCUCAUGUUAGCGACUUUGGUUUAGCACAACUCCUACUGAAGUUUGAUCGGGAUACAUUCGAUAUUCAUUUCAGCUCUGCAGGUGUUCGUGGAACCACCGGAUAUGCUGCACCAGAAUAUGGAAUGGGAGGACAUCCAUCAAUAAUGGGUGACGUGUAUAGCUUUGGAAUCCUCCUGUUGGAGAUUUUCACAGGAAAAAGACCCACCAAUAAGUUAUUCGUGGACGGUCUGACUCUCCAUGGCUUUACCAAAUCAGCAUUACUGAAACAAGGAGCACUAGAUAUCACAGACCAAUCUAUUCUCCAUGGUGCAUACGCUCAGCUUCUUGGGGUCGAUAUGGUGGAAUGCUUGACCCUUGUGUUUCGGGUGGGAAUCAGGUGUUCAGAAGAAUCUCCUGUGAACCGGAUAUCAAUGGCUGAGGCCAUAAGCAAGCUGGUCUCUAUCAAAGACAGGUUUUUAGGAGACGAUGAGACUUCCACAAGUUGUGUAGUACGAGAGAAUGCUGAAGCGAAGAGAUAUAGGUACGCACACCUAUGUAAUGUAUAA